UCGUACAUUGUACCUCCGGCAAGUGAAACGUGCUACUCGGCGGGUGCACCGUACUGACCAGGAAAGCUUACAGAAUGGGGAGCAAACCAGAGCCUAUCCGUGAUCCAAAGAACCUGUAUACAAAGAUUUUCAUCAACAACGAGUUUGUGGAUUCUGUCAGUGGUAGAAAAUUUCCUACUAUUAACCCGUCGACAGGCAAAAAGAUUUGUGACGUGGAAGAAGGCGACAAGGAGGACGUUGACAGGGCUGUUGCUGCAGCCAAGGAAGCCUUCAAGUUAGGAUCACCAUGGAGACGAAUGGAUGCCAGUCAGAGAGGAAGACUUCUGUACAAACUAGCGGACCUGCUCGAGAGAGACGCUCAGAUUCUAGCGAGCCUGACCACAUUGGAGAUGGGAAAGCCGUAUAAGGUAGCCUAUGACGAAACAUUCUGGUCUGCGGGUGUUCUCCGUUACUUUGCGGGAUUCGCUGACAAAAUCGGCGGCAAAACUAUUCCUAUGGAUGGAGAUUAUUUUUGCUUCACUCGACAUGAACCAGUUGGUGUUUGUGGGCAGAUCAUUCCGUGGAAUUAUCCGACACCAAUGUUCGUAUGGAAAUUGGGUCCUGUUUUGGCAUGUGGAUGUACCACUAUUAUUAAACCCGCAGAACAAACUCCCCUCACUGCAUUACACGCUGCAGCAUUGUGUAAAGAGGUCGGAAUACCUCCCGGUGUGGUCAACGUUGUACCUGGUUACGGCCCAACGGCAGGAGCGGCUCUGACGGCACAUCCAGAUGUUGACAAAGUAGCCUUCACUGGAUCCACUGAGGUUGGCAAACUUAUUCUUCAAGCUUCUGGCGGGGUUAACAUCAAACGCACAACUCUAGAACUUGGUGGCAAAAGUCCCAAUGUUAUCAUGGAUGAUGCUGAUCUUGAUGAAGCUGUGAAAUUUGCUCAUAACGGUGUAAUGGUCAAUUCUGGUCAGUGCUGCAUUGCUGGAAGUAGAACGUUUGUGCAUGAGAAGAUUUACGAUGAGUUUGUUGCCAAAAGUCGUGAAAUGGCAGAUAAACGGCUGACAGCUACAGGAGAUCCAUUUGAUCCAAAAACGGCACAGGGUCCACAGGUGGAUGAGGAACAAUACAAUAAAAUUUUGGAGCUCAUCGAGUCUGGAAAGAAAGAGGGCGCUAAAGUCGAGAGUGGUGGCGCUGCGGUCGGAGGGGAUGGUUAUUUCAUCAAACCAACUGUGUUCUCUGGAGUUACAGACAACAUGAGAAUUGCCAAGGAAGAGAUAUUUGGUCCUGUCCAGCAAAUUUUCAAGUUUAAAACUCUGGACGAAGCCAUUGAACGUGCCAAUGCUACGGAAUAUGGACUGGGUGCCGCCAUCUUUACUAAGAGCAUUGAUAACGCCUUGAUGUUUACACAGGGUGUCCGAGCAGGAACAGUUUGGGUGAAUCUUUAUGAUGUUGUAAACCCACAGGCGCCAUUUGGAGGAUUUAAAAUGUCAGGAAUUGGAAGGGAACUUGGUGAAUAUGGCUUAUCGGCAUACCAAGAAGUCAAAUCGGUCAUAAUGAAAAUUCCUCAAAAGAAUUCGUAAACUUCGGGAUGACGUCGGGGAUUUGUGCAGCCUUCCUUCCCGUGACUUGCGCAUUGAUGAAAGGGCGACGCUUUUUAAUUCAGUGUGUUAUAGCCAGGCAUUUUACUAAUCCUGCAGCUUUCGUUAAUUGUUAAACAGUUUUAAGCUCUAUUACACAUUAUAUUUAGUUUUUGUUGACAUAUAUCUUAAAGACUGGAAACUGUUUGUCAGAGUGACAAUGUGUUGAUUUGCAAAAAAUAAAAGGACAACCGUUUUCAUUUUAUUUUACUAUUUCCAUACGAAAUAAAUGCAUUUAUAUAUUA